AUGACGGACGCAAAUCAAAAUAACCCUACUGGAAACGAAAUUGAUCGAUUUCAUGAUAUUUAUCAUGCUCAUGAUGAUGAUCAAGAUGUUAAUGAUGACGAAACUAUUUAUUUUGAUGAUUUGUUUACGGAUUUCUAUCAAAAUGAAAAGAAAAAUGAGGUUCCAGUUGAAACUAUCAAUCAUGGUAGUAAUCAAAAUAUCCUAGUUGAUCUAACUGUUGAAGAACAGCAAUUAUCACAAAAAUUAAGUCAGUUAUCGGCUUCCAAUCAAUAUAAACAAUCGAAUGAGAAAGAAGAGAGUGAUCUCAAAACCGACGUGACUAUUGAAUCACUGAAACGACUAUCAUCUCAAACAGCAGAAGUAACUACUGCAGCAACAACAGUUAAACGAAUGAAAAUAAAUGUUGUGGAUGUAGCUGACAGUGAUAUGCCUAGAUAUUUAUCAAAAAGUAGCAAAAUUUUCGAAGAAAAAAUAAAGACUCUUCCAGAACUUGAAAUGGCAAUUAGUUCCAAAAUCAUUAGUAUCGAACAAUUGCGACAAACAACUGUUCUUAUUCAUAAAAUACAAUUACAUGAUUUGAAUAUAUCAUUGUGGACAACAUAUUUGCAUUCUGGUACAGGCAAACUGAAAAAUAUUCUUCAACUAGCAGAAAAAAAAGAAGAAGAACGAGAACAAUCGAAAGGUACUAAUGCAACAUCAUCAGUUGAUCUUCAAUUAUGGCCUGAUGAAGUCAAAACGUCGAUGAUUGAACAUUGUUAUACUACAUUACAAGCUCAUGAAAUUGAUCAUAACACUUGUCUUAGUUAUGUUCAUCAUAAAAUUCGUCAAUUUCGUGAUUUAAAUACAUCUUAUAGAGAACAAUUACAAGAACGAAAAGAACAACAACUAAAGAAUACAUUGAUUCCAGAAAUGGAAAUAAAACUUACACAAUUUGUAGAAGAAUAUGGUAUAGCUAUACAUCGAAUACCGAUUGAAAGUGAAAUUGCUACGGUAAAAUUCCAAUAUAAUGAUCGAUUACUUGAAUUAGAAUUUUAUCAAGAAGAUCCAUAUCCUUAUCAAAUUGAAGUAUUUAAUAAAUUAUCUCAAGAAAAACAAAAUAAAGAAACAGCUCGAUUGGAAGUGGCUGUAUUAAAGCAACGAGUUGUUCAUCAACAUUUACCAAGUUCAUUUGAAUCACUUCGAAUACCAACACCUAUUACAUUAGAUCGUAUUCGAGAUGAGACCAUUCGUCAAAAUUUAACACAACAAUGUACACAAUUAUUUGAACGAACAAAAUCUGAAAUGAUGAUGAUCUACAUUCAAACUGCAGAAGCAAAACUUGAUGAAUAUCGAAAAACAUUCGAUACAACUAUGACAAAUUAUGAAGCUAAUCAAUGUUCAGGCACAGCCCAUCGAAACGCAUCUCUACAAAUUACGAGUCCGUUUUUUCGUCAAAGCUCCGACGGUCAAGAAUUAAAUUUGAGCCGUCGGAGCGAUAUUGAUAAAUCCAAUAUAGGCUGUUCACCAAGUUUAUAUCAAGACACAAUAAAUCAUCAUUUAACAAUGGAACAAAUCAAUUAUUUAAAUCGUGGGCCCACUUAUGUUUCACCAUGUCAACAACAUUUAUCUAUUCAUCAAAUCAAUCCAAUUGAUCGUGUCCUACGUAAACAGAUAGCACCACUUCAUCGACAAUUAACAAGAUUUUUUACUAAAUAUCCAAUUGAUAUUAGUCGACGACUAAAUUUUGAAAAACAAAUAGAAAAACUCUUUGAAAAAUCAUUUUCUUCUUUUAUACCAUUAAACAUUGAACAAUAUGCAAAAUAUGAACAGCAGCUUGUUCAAUCUAUUAAAUAUCAAUUAGAAAAAGAUCAUUUACUUUUACGACGGACAGCUGAUAACAAUAAUACAUACUAUCUUGGUGAUCUCAAGGAAUUCAAUUGUCAAACUAAUGCCUAUAUGACGAAUGCAAUGUAUUUUAAAAUGCUUGGAUUUAUUGAUGAGAAAAAUUCUGAAGAGCACUAUAUAACUCAAAUCAUUCAUUCAAUUAAUUCUAGUCUAGAAGAAUUACAUCAAAAGGGAUCUAUUCGCAAACAACAUUUGCCAAGAAUGUUAGCUGUUCCAAGAAUUAAUACAAGUAUUCCACAUUUAUAUUUCUUACCUCAAAUAAAUUUCGUAUGUACAUCGAAAGUUUUUAUUCCUUUUUCUUUUUCUCAUACUCUCUUUUAUUCUAUUUAUCAAACACAGAAUCGAACAAUAUCAGUUCAAGCAAGAAUAUCAUCAUGUGUUUCCACUCCAAUUCAACCAUUGGCAUCCUAUCUUUAUCAGUUAUUAAGACCAUUAUUUGAAAAUUAUUCUCAAUCGACAUCACUUCGAAAUGGUGGUGAUUUUAUUCGAAAAUUUGAAUAUUAUUGUUCACAAAGUGAUUCUCUUUUACCAGAAACAAAAUUUGUUACAUAUGAAAUUCAUAAUCUACAUAAACGAGUAUCACAUGAUGAUAUUAUGAAUGCUUUACAUCAAUUUCUUACGACACAAAAAGUCAAUGUACUUCGUCAUGACGGUUUAUCGAAUGAUACAAUUCAACAAUUGACUCAAAUAUUUCUAAGAAAUUUACAAUUUUCUUAUCAAGGAAAAAUGUUUUCAUAUGUUAAAGGAUGUCCUUUCAACUAUCGUUUAUCACGAUUAUUAUUAAAUAUUUAUUUACAUUAUUGGCAACAACAUUUAGUUGGACAAAUACGUCUUGCAGAUGAAUUCUAUGGUCGUUAUUAUAAUAUGGGCAUUAUGACAUGGUUUGGAUCUAUAACUUCUUUACAAGCAUGUUUUACUGAAUUGAAUUAUCAACAUCCAGAUGUACAAAUAACUCAGUCAACAGGUUUGAAUGUUCAUUUUCUGAAUGUUUAUAUUGAAAAUCAAAAUGGUAAACUUUAUACGCGUAUUUAUCAUGAUUCAAAGAAACAACCAUUUCUUUUACCAUACGUCACUGGACAUCCACGGUUAAUACAUCGACAAUGGCUUCAUUAUUCACUUAUUCGUGCCGGACAAUCAUGUAGUACAUUAACAGAUUUUCAAAUUGAACGCCUUUAUAUUGAAUUAACAUUUCUUGCUAAUGGUUAUACAUUAGAAUUUGUUGAAUAUAAUUUGGAUCAAUUUUAUAAAAGAUUCAAUGUUCGUAAUCAACAACCAAAUAUACUUGACCGACAGUCGUAUGUAUCAUUGCGUCGUGAAUUAUUUCGUUGUAUAGAUACAGAAAGACGUCAAUUCGAAGAACGUGAACAAUUAAUUCAGAAACAACAAUGGAUUGAAUUUUAUUAUUUAUAUGAUUGGGGUUCACGGUGUAAUUUCAAUGAUAGUUUUCGUAAACUUUGGUUUACAAUUAUUGAACAAGAUCCUAAAUAUAGAACAUAUGGUUUAAAAGUGAAACUUAAUACGCGACAUUGUUACUUGUCAAACUCUUUGUUAACUGAUUAUUGA